AUGGAAGACACUGCAACCAUCCUCGCUCACAUUUCAUCCCUGAAGGAAAUGCUCGACCAGGUGAACGAAGAAAUUGAGGCGAAUAUUCAGGUAACACGAGAGAUAGAAUCGAGCAUCGUCAAAUGCGAGGAGAUUGAAAUUAAUCUGGAAAAUAAAGAAGCCGAGCUGAUCAAGACGAGUGGCAUGCUACAGUUCGAGAACGUUGGAUUCGUCACCGUCGCUGCUGAUCUCAGGGCCUCGGUGAGUUCCUUGGAGAAGGAGCUAGGUUCUCUUAAAAUGAAGCGUAAUGAGAUUGUUAAUGGAAUGGAUGAAAAAAGAGAUAUUGACAAAAGAGAAAAUUGUGAAGCAAGUACUUUGUUGUCUGAGAAACACUCCCUUGAAAAUGAAAUUCAGCUUUUGGAUAAGAAAAAUGAUGUUUUGAAAAAUUCGGUUUUGGCAUUUGUUGAGGAAAUACUUGAAGAUCUUCAUAGUUCAAAUUCAGCAUUAGAAGUUGAGAUACAGAGGAGGAACUGGGAAAAUGAGAAAUUGCUCAAGGAUAUCAAUGAUUUGAAGAAUACACUACUUUCAGCAAUUGGGACCAGUAACUGUGCCAGCCAAAUGCAGCAACUGUAUCAAGACCUAGAAGAGCAUGAAGCAUCUGCUGUUACUCCAUUGAAUUUUGCAGUUGGCACCUCAGGUUUAAGCUGA